CCACACCGAGCAGGCCGCCUGCAGCAGCAGCGUGCACGGCCCCCGCAGCGGCUGCAGCCAGGGCGCUCCCGAGGCCCGCGUGGCGGCAGGGGCACGGCCGGGCCCCGCAGCGCUUCUCCUCGGCGCCCCCGCCGGGGGCCAGGAGCGCUGCGCCCCGCGCUGUAGGCGCCCGCGGAGCCGCAGAAGCCCGCCGAGCUGCGCCUGGCGCGCCACCGUCCGCCGCAAGCCCGACGCUGCCCUCCCGCCGCGCCCCGCUCGCGGCCCCCUGCCCGGGCACCAUGGACACCUCCUCGGUCGGCUUGCUCCUGGCCUUGCCCGUCCUGCUCCAGCUGGCGGCCGGGGGCGGCUCGCCGAGGCCGGGCUCGCUGCUGCGGGGGUGCCCCGCGCACUGUCAGUGCGAGCCGGACGGCAGGAUGCUACUCAGGGUGGACUGCUCCGACCUGGGGCUUUCGGAGCUGCCCUCCAACCUCAGUGUCUUCACCUCCUACCUAGACCUGAGUAUGAACAACAUCAGUCAGCUUCCCCCGAAUCCUCUGCACGGUCUCCGCUUCCUGGAGGAGCUACGUCUUGCCGGAAACGCUUUGACAUACAUUCCCAAGGGAGCAUUUGCUGGCCUUUACAGUCUUAAAGUUCUCAUGCUGCAGAAUAAUCAUCUAAGACAGGUACCCACAGAAGCUCUACAGAAUUUGCGAAGCCUUCAAUCACUGCGUCUGGAUGCCAACCACAUCAGCUCCGUGCCCCCCAGCUGUUUCAGUGGGCUGUAUUCUCUGAGGCACCUGUGGCUGGAUGACAACUCUCUGACAGAAAUCCCUGUCCAGGCUUUCAGAAGUUUAUCAGCGCUGCAGGCCAUGACCUUGGCCCUGAACAAAAUACACCACAUACCAGACUACGCCUUUAGAAACCUCUCCAGCUUGGUGGUUCUGCAUCUCCAUAACAAUAGAAUCCACUCCCUGGGAAAGAAAUGCUUUGAUGGGCUCCAUAGCCUGGAGACUCUAGAUUUAAAUUAUAAUAAUCUUGAUGAAUUCCCCACUGCAAUCAGGACACUGUCCAACCUUAAAGAACUAGGAUUUCAUAGCAACAAUAUCAAGUCGAUACCUGAGAAAGCCUUUGUAGGCAACCCUUCUCUUAUUACAAUACAUUUCUAUGACAACCCUAUCCAGGUUGUUGGGAGAUCUGCUUUUCAACAUUUACCUGAACUAAGAAUACUGACUUUGAAUGGUGCCUCACAAAUAACUGAAUUUCCUGAUCUAACUGGUACCGCGAGCCUGGAGAGUCUGACUUUAACUGGAGCGCAGAUCUCAUCUCUUCCUCAAACUGUCUGCGAUCAGUUACCGAAUCUCCAAGUGCUAGAUCUAUCUUAUAACCUGCUAGAAGAUUUACCCAGUUUUUCAGUCUGCCGAAAGCUUCAGAAAAUAGACCUGCGACAUAAUGAAAUGUGUGAAAUUCGAGCCAACACCUUCCAGCAGUUGUUUAGCCUCCGCUCUCUGAAUUUAGCUUGGAACAAAAUUGCCAUUAUUCACCCCAAUGCAUUUUCCACUUUGCCAUCUCUAAGAAAGCUGGACCUAUCAUCCAACCGCCUGUCGUCUUUUCCUGUAACUGGGUUACAUGGUUUAACUCACUUAAAAUUAACAGGAAAUCAUGCCUUACAGAGCUUGAUAUCAUCUGAAAACUUUCCAGAACUCAAGGUUAUAGAAAUGCCUUAUGCAUAUCAGUGCUGUGCAUUUGGAGUAUGUGAAAAUGUCUAUAAAAUUUCUAAUCAAUGGAAUAAAGGCGACAACAGCAGUGCAGAUGACCUUCAUAAGAAAGAUGCUGGAAUGUUUCAAGUUCAAGAUGAGCGUGAUCUUGAAGAUUUCCUGCUUGAUUUUGAGGAAGACCUGAAAGCCCUUCAUUCGGUGCAAUGCUCACCUUCCCCAGGCCCUUUCAAACUCUGCGAAUACCUGUUCGGUAGCUGGCUGAUCCGCAUUGGAGUGUGGACCAUAGCAGUUUUGGCCCUGACGUGUAAUGCCCUGGUGACUUCAACCGUGUUCAGAGCCCCUCUGUACAUUUCCUCCGUAAAACUGUUAAUUGGGUUAAUAGCCGUGGUGAACAUGCUCACGGGGGUCUGCAGUGCUGUGCUGGCUGGCGUGGAUGCCUUUACUUUUGGCAGCUUUGCGCAGCACGGUGCGUGGUGGGAGCAGGGGGUCGGCUGCCAGGUCGUCGGGUUUUUGUCCAUUUUUGCUUCGGAAUCCUCGGUUUUCCUGCUUACCCUGGCAGCCCUGGAGCGUGGGUUCUCUGUGAAAUGCUCUGCAAAAUUCGAAACGAAAACUCCUUUUUCCAGUCUGAAAGCAAUCGUUGCGCUCUGCGCCAUGCUGGCGGCGACCAUCGCCGCGGUUCCUCUGCUGGGCGGCAGCGAGUACAGCGCCUCCCCGCUCUGCCUGCCUCUGCCCUUUGGGGAGCCCAGCGCCACAGGCUACAUGGUGGCCCUCGUCUUGCUCAAUUCCCUUUGCUUCCUCGUGAUGACCAUUGCCUACACCAAGCUCUACUGCAAUUUGGAAAAGGGAGACCUGGAGAAUAUUUGGGACUGUUCUAUGGUGAAGCACAUUGCUCUGUUGCUCUUCACCAACUGUAUCCUUUACUGCCCGGUGGCUUUCUUGUCCUUCUCCUCUUUACUGAACCUCACAUUCAUCAGCCCUGAAGUAAUUAAGUUUAUCCUUCUGGUGAUUGUCCCCCUUCCUGCAUGUCUCAAUCCCCUUCUCUACAUCCUCUUCAAUCCUCAUUUUAAGGAGGAUCUGGGGAGCCUGGGAAAGCAAACCCACUUCUGGACAAGAUCGAAACACACAAGCCUGAUGUCUAUUAACUCUGAUGAUGUUGAGAAACAGUCCUGUGACUCAACCCAGGCCUUGGUAACCUUCACCGGUGCCAGCAGACCCUAUGACCUGCCUUCCAAUUCUGGGUCACCAACAGCUUAUCCGAUGACCGAAAGCUGUCAUCUUUCAUCUGUGGCAUUUGUCCCAUGUCUCUAAUUAAUAUGUGAGAGAAAGUUUUCAAAAAUUGAAAACCCAAAAAUGUGAGGUUGAGUAUAUCAGAGCAGUAACUAAAAA